AUGCAGAAUUCGGAAUCAAAAAGAAAAUUACUAAAGAGACAAGCAAACAAUCUAAUAAGUACGGAAUCUAGCCUAACAAGCACAUCAAUAGCAACGGAGAAUUUAACUCCGGCAGGAUCAUCAGAAAUGACUACGACCACUUCUUCCGUACCAACUACAACAAUAUCGCCACCAGCAAUGUUAUCCCUAACUACAUCAGGAUCAGUUAACACAGUAUCUACCGAACUAAAAGCCUCCAAACUUAUAACAACGCCAAUAUCCGAAUCUACAACCACAAACAUGACAGAUACGGAAUGUGACGACACUACUUCGACAGGAACAAAUACACCAACAGCAGAUUAUCCAACAACUUCUCCUACAUCAAGAUCUACAACAACAAACUCAGAAAACACAAUCAAUCUAACAAAAGAUUUCAAAACGACAAACGUUCUAGCAAUAGCCUUCGAAUCACCAACAACUUCCUCACCAACAAAUGCCUCACCAACUACUUCCUCUCCAGCCACAGCCUCGCAAACCACAGCCUCGCAAACCACCACCUCACCGACCACUUCCUCACCAACAACACCUUCACCAACCACAGCCUCUCAACCCACUUCCUCACCAACCACAGCCUCAGCAACCACAGCCUCGCCAACAACUUCCUCACCAUUCACAGCCUCGCCAACUACAGCCUCGCCAACAACUUCCUCACCAUUCACAGCCUCGCCAACCACAGCCUCGCCAACCACAGCCUCGCCAACCACAGCCUCGCCAACCACAGCCUCGCCAACCACAGCCUCGCCAACCACAGACUCGCCAACCACAGCCUCGCCAACCACAGCCUCGCCAACCACCACUUCACCAACCAAAGCCCCUCCAACCACAGCUACGCCAAACACAGCUACACCAACCACUUCCUCAUCAACAACAACCUUGUCAACCAUAGCCUCGCCAACCACAGCCUCGCUAACCACCGCUUCACCUACCACAGAAUCACUAACCACUUCCUCAACAACAACACCCUCAGCAACCACUGCCUCUCCAAUAACAGCCUCACCAAUCACUUCUUCACCAACAACAGCCUCACCAACCACAGCCUCUCCAACUACAGAUUCAACAACCACUUCAUCACCAACCACAGUCUCUCCUACUACCGCCUCACCAACCACUGCCUCGCCAACCACAGCCUCACUAACCACUUCCUCACCAACCACAGCCUCACCAACAACACCCUCAGCAACCACAGCCUCUCCAACUACAGAUUCAACAACCACUUCAUCACCAACCACAGUCUCGGCAACUACCGCCUCACCAACAACAACCUCACCAACCACUUCUUCACCAGAUUCAACAACCACUUCCUCACCAACAACAGCCUCGCCAACCACAGCCUCGCCAACCACAGCCUCGCCAACCACAGCCUUGCCAACCACAGCCUCACCAACCACUUCUUCAUCAACAACAGCCUCACCAACAACAGCCUCAUCAAGCACAGCCUCUCCAAUUACAGCUUCAACAACAAUUUCCUCAGCAACAACACCCUCACCAACCACAUCCUCACCAACCACAGCUUCCGCAACCACAGCCUCACCAACCACUUCCUCACCAACAACACUCUCAGCAACCACAGCCUCUCCAACUACAGCUUUAACAACAAUUUCCUCAGCAACAACACCCUCACCAACCACAUCCUCACCAACCACAGCUUCCGCAACCACAGCCUCACCAACCACUUCCUCACCAACAACACUCUCAGCAACCACAGCCUCUCCAACUACAGCUUUAACAACAAUUUCCUCAGCAACAACACCCUCACCAACCACAUCCUCACCAACUACAGCCUCGCCAACAACAACCUCAGCAACCACAGCCUCUCCAGCUACAGCUUUAACAACAAUUUCCUUAGCAACCACAGCCUCGCCAACAACAGCCUUGCCAACCACAGCCUCACCAACCACUUCUUCACCAACAACGGCCUCACCAACAACAGCCUCAUCAACCACAGCCUCUUCAACAACAGCUUCAACAACCACUUCCUUACCAACCAUAGCCUCACUAAUAACUUCCUCACCAAGUACCGCCUCACCAACCACAGCCUCGCCAACCACUUUCUCACCGACCACAGCUUCACCAACCACUUCCUCACAAAAAACACCCUCACCAACAACACCCUCACAAACAACAGCCUCACCAUCCACAGCCUCGCCAACCACAGCCUCACCAACCACUUCCUCACAAACAACACCCCCGCCAACCACAGCCUCUCUAACAGCUGCUUCAACAACCAUUUCAUCACCAACCACAGUCUCGCCAACCUCAGGCUCUCCAACCACUUCCUCGUCAUUCACAGCCUCGCCAACCACAUUCUCGCCAACCACCGCCUCAUCAACAACAGCCUCACCAACAACAGCCUCAUCAACCACAGCCUCUCCAACUACAGCUUCAACAACAAUUUCCUCAGCAACAACACCCUCACCAACUACAUCGUCACCAACCACAACUUCGCCAACAACAGCCUCACCAACCACAGCCUCGCCAACCACAGCCUCACCAACCACUUCCUCACCAACAACACCCUCAGCAACCACAGCCUCUCCAACUACAGCUUUAACAACAAUUUCCUCAGCAACAACACCCUCACCAACCACAUCGUCACCAACCCCAACUUCGCCAACUACAGCCUCGCCAACAACACCCUCAGCAACCACAGCCUCGCCAACUACCGCCUCACCAACCACUUCCUCACCACCCACAGCCUCAUUAACCACAGCAUCACCAACAACUUCCUCACCAACAACAGUCUCGCCAACCACAGCCUCACCAACCACUUCUUCACCAACAACGGCCUCACCAACUAGAGCCUCGCCAACCACUUCCUCACAGACCACAGCUUCACCAACCACUUCCUCACAGACCACAGCUUCACCAACCACUUCCUCACAAACAACACCCUCACCAACAACACCCUCACCAACCACAGCCUCUCCAACUACAGCCUCACCAUCCACAACCUCGCCAACCACAGCUUCACCAACCACUUCUUCACCAACAACAGCCUCACAAACCACAGCCUCACCAUCCACAGCCUCAUCAGCAACAGCCUCGCCAACAACAGCCUCACCAACCACAGCCUCGGCAACCACGUCCUCACCGAACACAGCUUUACCAACCACUUCCUCACAAACAACACCCUCACCAACCACAGCCUCGCCAACCACAGCCUCUCUAACAACUGCUUCAACAACCACUUCAUCACCAACCACAGUCUCGCCAACAACAUUCACGCCAACCACAUUCUUACCAACCACAUCCUUACCAACCACAACUUCGCCAACAACAGCCUCACCAACAACAACCUCACUAACCACUUCCUCACCAACAACAGCCUCGCCAACUACAGCCUUGCCAACCAUAGCUUCCCCAACCACAGCCUCACAAACCACAGCCUCACUUACCACUUCCUCGCCAACAACGGCCUUGCCAACCACAGCCUCACCAACCACUUCUUCACCAACAACGGCCUCACCAACAACAGCCUCAUCAUUCACAGCUUCUCCAAUAACAGCUUCAACAACCACUUCCUCACCGACCACAGCUUCACCAACCACUUCCUCACAAACAACACCCUCACAAACAACACCCUCACCAACCACAGCCUCUUCAACUACAGCUUCAACAACCACUUCAUCACCAACCAUAGUCUCUCCAACCACCGCCUCACCAACCACAGCCUCGCCAACCACAGCUUCACCAACCACUUCUUCACCAACAAAAGCCUCACCAACCACAGCCUCUCCAACUACAGCUUCAACAACCACUUCAUCACUUACCACAGAUUCACCAACUACAGCCUCGCCAACAACAGCCUCACCAACCACAGCCUCGGCAACCACUUCCUCACCGACCAAAGCUUCACCAACCACUUCCUCAAAAACAACACCCUCACAAACCACAUCCUCGCCAACCACAGCUUCUCUAACAACUGCUUCAAAAACCACUUCAUCACCAACCACAGUCUCGCCAACCACAGCCUCACCAACCACUUCCUCACAAACAACACCCUCAGCAACCACAGCCUCUACAAAUACAGCUUCACCAACCACUUCCUCACCAGCCCCAGCCUCACCAAUCACUUCCUCACCAACCACAGCCUCGCCAACUACAGCCUCACCAACCACAGCCUCGCCAACCACAUCCUCACCAACCACUGCCUCACCAGUCCCAGCCUCACCAAUCACUUCCUCACCAACCACAGCCUCGCCAACUACAGCCUCACCAACCACUUCUUCACCAACAACAGCCUCACCAACAACAGCCUCACCAAGCACAGCCUCUCCAACUAGAGCUUCAACAACAAUUUUCUCACCAACAACACCCUCACCAACCACAGACUCUCCAACUACCGCCUCACCAACUACAGCCUCGUCAACAACAGCCUCACCAACCACUUCAUCACCUACCACAGCCUCUCCAACUAGAGCUUCAACAACAAUUUCCUCACCAACAACAGCCUCAUCAACCACAGACUCUCCAACCACCGCCUCACCAACUACAGCCUCGUCAACAACAGCCUCAUUAACCACUUCAUCACCUACCACAGCCUCUCCAACUACAGCUUCAACAACAAAUUUAUCACAAACCACAGUCUCUCCUACUACCGCUUCACCAACUACAGCCUCACCAACAACAGCCUCGUCAACCACUUCCUCACCGACCACAUCUUCACCAACCACUUCCUCACAAACAACACCCUCACCAACCACAGUCUCGCCAACAACAGCCUCUCCAACAACUGCAUCAACAACCACUUCAUCACCAACCACAGCCUCGCCAACCACAGCCUCUCCAGCCACUUCCUCAUCAUUCACAGCCUCGCCAUCCACAUUCUCGCCGACCACCGCCUCAUCCACAACAGCCUCGCCAACCACAUCCUCACCAACCACAGCUUCGCCAACCACAGCCAUACCAACCACUUCCUCACAAACAACACCCUCAGCAACCACAGCCUCUACAAAUACAGCUUCAACAACCAAUUCAUCACCAAUAACAGCCUCGCCAACCACAUCCUCACCAACCACAGCCUCACCAACAACAACCUCACCAACAACAGCCUCACCAACAACACUCUCAAUAACCACAGUCUCGCCAACCACCGCUUCAUCCACAACAGCCGCGCCAACCACAUCCUCACCAACCACAGCUUCAACAACCACUUCCUCACCAGCCCCAGCCUCACCAAUCACUUCCUCACCAACCACAGCCUCGCCAACUACAGUCUCACCAACCACUUCUUCACCAACAACAGCCUCACCAACAACAGCCUCACCAAGCACAGCCUCAACAACUACAGCUUCAACAACCACUUCAUCGCCAACCACAGCCUCACCAACAACUUCCUCACCAUUCACAGCCUCGCCAACCACAUCCUCGCCAACCACAGCCUCACCAACCACAGCCUCGCCAACCACAGCCUCGCCAACCACCACUUCACCAACCAAAGCCCCUCCAACCACAGCUACGCCAAACACAGCAUCACCAACCACUUCCUCAUCAACAACAGCCUUGUCAACCAUAGCCUCGCCAACCACAGCCUCGCUAACCACCGCUUCACCUACCACAGAAUCACUAACAACUUCCUCAACAACAACACCCUCAGCAACCACUGCCUCUCCAAUAACAGCCUCACCAAUCACUUCUUCACCAACCACUUUCUCACCAAACACAGCCUCUCCAACUACUGCUUCAACAACCACUUCAUCACCAACAACAGCCUCACCAACCACAGCCUCUCCAACUACAGAUUCAACAACCACUUCAUCACCAACCACAGUCUCUCCUACUACCGCCUCACCAACCACUGCCUCGCCAACCACAGCCUCACCAACCACUUCUUCACCACCCACAGCCUCACUAACCACUUCCUCACCAACCACAGCCUCACCAACCACAGCCUCGCCAACCACAGCCUCGCCAACCACAGCCUCACCAACCACUACUUCACCAACAACACCCUCAGCAACCACAGCCUCUCCAACUACAGAUUCAACAACCACUUCAUCACCAACCACAGUCUCGGCAACUACCGCCUCACCAACAACAACCUCACCAACCACUUCUUCACCAACUACAGAUUCAACAACCACUUCCUCACCAACAACAGCCUCGCCAACCACAGCCUCGCCAACCACAGCCUUGCCAACCACAGCCUCACCAACCACUUCUUCAUCAACAACAGCCUCACCAACAACAGCCUCAUCAACCACAGCCUCUCCAAUUACAGCUUCAACAACAAUUUCCUCAGCAACAACACCCUCACCAACCACAUCCUCACCAACCACAGCUUCCGCAACCACAGCCUCACCAACCACUUCCUCACCAACAACACUCUCAGCAACCACAGCCUCUCCAACUACAGCUUUAACAACAAUUUCCUCAGCAACAACACCCUCACCAACCACAUCCUCACCAACUACAGCCUCGCCAACAACAACCUCAGCAACCACAGCCUCUCCAACUACAGCUUUAACAACAAUUUCCUUAGCAGCCACAGCCUCACCAACCACAGCAUCACUAACCACUUCCUCACCAACAACAGUCUCGCCAACCACAGCCUCGCCAACAACAGCCUUGCCAACCACAGCCUCACCAACCACUUCUUCACCAACAACGGCCUCACCAACAACAGCCUCAUCAACCACAGCCUCUUCAACAACAGCUUCAACAACCACUUCCUUACCAACCACAGCCUCACUAAUAACUUCCUCACCAAGUACCGCCUCACCAACCACAGCCUCGCCAACCACUUCCUCACCGACCACAGCUUCACCAAACACUUCCUCACAAACAACACCCUCACCAACAACACCCUCACCAACCACAGCCUCUCCAACUACAGCCUCACCAUCCACAACCUCGCCAACCACAGCCUCACCAACCACUUCUUCACCAACAACAGCCUCACAAACCACAGCCUCACCAUCCACAGCCUCAUCAACAACAGCCUCGCCAACAACAGCCUCACCAACCACAGCCUCGGAAACCACGUCCUCACCGAAAACAGCUUUACCAACCACUUCCUCACAAACAACACCCUCACCAACAACACCCUCACCAACCACAGCCUCGCCAACCACAGCCUCUCUAACAACUGCUUCAACAACCACUUCAUCACCAACCACAGUCUCGCCAACAACAUUCUCGCCAACCACAUUCUUACCAAUCACAUCCUUACCAACCACAACUUCGCCAACAACAGCCACACCAACCACAACCUCACCAACCACUUCCUCACCAACAACACCCUCAGCAACCACAGCCUCUCCAACUACAGAUUCAACAACCACUUCAUCACCAACUACAGUCUCACCAACAACAACCUCACUAACCACUUCCUCACCAACAACAGCCUCGCCAACUACAGCCUUGCCAACCAUAGCUUCCCCAACCACAGCCUCACAAACCACAGCCUCACUUACCACUUCCUCGCCAACAACGGCCUUGCCAACCACAGCCUCACCAACCACUUCUUCACCAACAACGGCCUCACCAACAACAGCCUCAUCAUUCACAGCUUCUCCAACAACAGCUUCAACAACCACUUCCUCACCGACCACAGCUUCACCAACCACUUCCUCACAAACAACACCCUCACAAACAACACCCUCACCAACCACAGCCUCUUCAACUACAGCUUCAACAACCACUUCAUCACCAACCAUAGUCUCUCCAACCACCGCCUCACCAACCACAGCCUCGCCAACCACAGCUUCACCAACCACUUCUUCACCAACAAAAGCCUCACCAACCACAGCCUCUCCAACUACAGCUUCAACAACCACUUCAUCACUUACCACAGAUUCACCAACUACAGCCUCGCCAACAACAGCCUCACCAACCACAGCCUCGGCAACCACUUCCUCACCGACCACAGCUUCACCAACCACUUCCCCAAAAACAACACCCUCACAAACCACAUCCUCGCCAACCACAGCUUCUCUAACAACUGCUUCAAAAACCACUUCAUCACCAACCACAGUCUCGCCAACCACAGCCUCACCAACCACUUCCUCACAAACAACACCCUCAGCAACCACAGCCUCUACAAAUACAGCUUCACCAACCACUUCCUCACCAGCCCCAGCCUCACCAAUCACUUCCUCACCAACCACAGCCUCGCCAACUACAGCCUCACCAACCACUUCUUCACCAACAACAGCCUCACCAACCACAGCCUCGCCAACCACAUCCUCACCAACCACUUCCUCACCAGCCUUAGCCUCACCAAUCACUUCCUCACCAACCACAGCCUCGCCAACUACAGCCUCACCAACCACUUCUUCACCAACAACAGCCUCACCAACAACAGCCUCACCAAGCACAGCCUUUCCAACUAGAGCUUCAACAACAAUUUUCUCACCAACCACAGACUCUCCAACUACCGCCUCACCAACUACAGCCUCGUCAACAACAGCCUCACCAACCACUUCUUCACCAACAACAGCCUCACCAACAACAGCCUCACCAAGCACAGCCUCUCCAACUAGAGCUUCAACAACAAUUUUCUCACCAACAACACCCUCACCAACCACAGCCUCUCCAACUACUUCCUUACCGACCACAGCUUCACCAACAACUUUCUCACAAACAACACACUCACCAACCACAGUCUCGCCAACCACAGCCUCUCUAACAACUGCUUCAACAACCACUUCAUCACCAACCACAGCCUCGCCAACCUCAGCCUCUCCAACCACUUCCUCAUCAUUUGCAGCCACGCCAACCAAUCUCUCGCCAACCACCGGCUCAUCCACAACUGCCUCGCCAACCAGAUCCUCACUAACCACAGCUUCGCCAACCACGGCCUCACCCACCACUUCCUCACCAACAACAGCCUCACCAACCACAGCCUCGCCAACCACAUCCUCACCAACCACUUCCUCACCAGCCCCAGCCUCACCAAUCACUUCCUCACCAACCACAGCCUCGCCAACUACAGCCUCACCAACCACUUCUUCACCAACAACAGCCUCACCAACAACAGCCUCACCAAGCACAGCCUCUCCAACUAGAGCUUCAACAACAAUUUUCUCACCAACAACACCCUCACCAACCACAGACUCUCCAACUACAGCUUCAACAACAAAUUUAUCACAAACCACAGUCUCUCCUACUACCGCUUCACCAACUACAGCCUCACCAACAACAGCCUCGUCAACCACUUCCUCACCGACCACAGCUUCACCAACCACUUCCUCACAAACAACACCCUCACCAACCACAGUCUCGCCAACAACAGCCUCUCCAACAACUGCAUCAACAACCACUUCAUCACCAACCACAGCCUCGCCAACCACAGCCUCUCCAGCCACUUCCUCAUCAUUCACAGCCUCGCCAUCCACAUUCUCGCCAACCACCGCCUCAUCCACAACAGCCUCGCCAACCACAUCCUCACCAACCACAGCUUCGCCAACCACAGCCAUACCAACCACUUCCUCACAAACAACACCCUCAGCAACCACAGCCUCUACAAAUACAGCUUCAACAACCAAUUCAUCACCAACCACAGUCUCGCCAACUACCGCCUCUUCAACCACUGCCUCGCCAACCACAGCCUCACCAACCACAGCCUCACCAACAACAACCUCACCAACAACAGCCUCACCAACAACACUCUCAAUAACCACAGUCUCGCCAACCACCGCUUCAUCCACAACAGCCGCGCCAACCACAUCCUCACCAACCACAGCUUCAACAACCACUUCCUCACCAGCCCCAGCCUCACCAAUCACUUCCUCACCAACCACUUCCUCACUAACCACAGCCUCGCCAACUACAGUCUCACCAACCACUUCUUCACCAACAACAGCCUCACCAACAACAGCCUCACCAACAACAGCCUCACCAAGCACAGCCUCUCCAACUAGAGCUUCAACAACAAUUUUCUCACCAACAACACCCUCACCAACCACAGUCUCUCCAACUACUUCCUUACCGACCACAGCUUCACCAACAACUUUCUCACAAACAACACACUCACCAACCACAGUCUCGCCAACCACAGCCUCUCUAACAACUGCUUCAACAACCACUUCAUCACCAACAACAGCCUCACCAACCACAGACUCGCCAACCUCAGCCUCUCCAACCACUUCCUCAUCAUUUGCAGCCACGCCAACCAAUCUCUCGCCAACCACCGGCUCAUCCACAACAGCCUCGCCAACCAGAUCCUCACUAACCACAGCUUCGCCAACCACAGCCUCACCAACCACAGCCUCACCAACCAUGACUUCGCCAACCACAGCAUCACCAACCCCUUUCUUAGCAACUACAGCAUCAAUAACCACAGCCUCUCUAACUACAGCUUCAACAACCACUUCAUCACCAACAACAGCCUCACAAACCACAGCCUCUCCAACUACAGCUUCAACAACCACUUCAUCUCUUACCACAGACUCACCAACUACAGCCUCGCCAACAACAGCCUUACCAACCACAGCCUCGGCAACCACUUCCUCACCUACCACAGCUUCACCAACCACUUCCUCAAAAACAACACCCUCACAAACCACAGUCUCGCCAACCACAGCCUCUCUAACAAAUUCCUCAUCAUUCACAGCCUCGCCAACCACAUUCUCGCCAACCACCUCCUCAUCCACAACAGCCUCGCCAACCACAUCCUCCCCAACCACAGCCUCACCAACCACUUCCUCACCAAUAACAAGCUCAGCAACCACAGCCUCUCCAACUACAGCUUCAACAACAAUUUCCUCAGCAACAACACCCUCACCAACCACAUCCUUACCAACCACAACUUCGCCAACAACUGCCUCACCAACAACAGCAUCACCAACAACAGCCUCACCAAGCACAGCCUCGCCAACUAGAGCUUCACUAACAACACCCUCAGCAACCACAGCCUCUCCACUUACAGCUUCAACAACUACUUCAUUACCAACCACAGCCUCACCAACCACUUCCUCACCACCUACAGCCUCACCAAUCACUUCCUCACCAACCACAGCCUCACUUACCACUUCCUCACCGACAACCGCCUCGCCAACCACAGCCUUGCCAACCACAGCCUCACCAACCACUUCAUCACCAACAACAGCAUCACCAACAACAGCCUCACCAAGCACAGCCUCUCCAACUAGAGCUUCAACAACAAUUUUCUCACCAACAACACCCUCACCAACCACAGCCUCUCCAACUACAGCUUCAACAACCACUUCAUCACCAACCACAGCCUCUCUUACUACAGCUUCAACAACCACUUCAUCACCAACCACAGUCUCUCCAACUACCGCCUCACCAACUACAGCCUCGUCAACAACAUCCUCACCAACCACUUCAUCACCUAUCACAGCUUCUCCAACUAGAGCUUCAACAACACUUUCCUCACCAACAACACCCUCACCAACCACAGCCUCUCCUACUACAGCUUCAACAACCGCUUCAUCACCAACCAUAGUCUCUCCGACUACCGCCUCACCAACUACAGCCUCACCAACCACUUCCUUACGGACCACAGCUUCACCAACUACAGUCUCGCCAACCACAGCCUCUCUAACAACUGCUUCAACAACCACUUCAUCAUCAACCACAGCAUCGCCAACCUCAGCCUCUCCAAGCAUUUUCUCAUCAUUCACAGCCACGCCAACCACAUUCUCGCCAACCACCGGCUCAUCCACAACAGCCUUGCCAACCACAUCCUCACCAACCACAGCUUCGCCAACCACGGCCUCACCCACCACUUCCUCACCAACAACACCCUCAGCAACCACAGCCUCUCCAACUAAAGCUUCAAAAACAAUUUCCUCAGCAACAACACCCUCGCCAACCACAUCCUCACCAACCAUAACUUCGCCAACCACAGCAUCACCAACCCCUUUCUUAGCAACUACAAUGUCGAUAACCACAGCCUCUCCAACUACAGCUUCAACAACCAGUUCCUCACCACCCACAGCCUCGCCAACCACUUCCUCACCGACCACAGCUUCACCAACCACUUCCUCACAAACAACAGCCUCACCAACAACAACCUCACCAACAACACUCUCAAUAACCACAGUCUCGCCAACCACCGAUUCAUCCACAACAACCGCGCCAACCACAUCCUCACCAACCACAGCUUCAACAACCACAGCUUCACCAACCACUUCUUUAUCAACAACAGCCUCACCAACCACAGCCUCUCCAACUACUGCUUCAACAACCACUUCAUCACCAACAACAGCCUCACCAACCACAGCCUCUCCAACUACAGAUUCAACAACCACUUCAUCACCAACCACAGUCACUCCAACUAUCGCCUCACCAACCACGGCCUCGCCAACCACUUCUUCACCGACCACAGCUUCACUAACCACUUCCUCACAAACAACACCCUCACCAACAACAGCCUCGCCAAGCACAGCCUCGCCAACCACAGCCUCGCCAAUCACAGCCUCUCCAGCCACUUCCUCAUCAUUCACAGCCUCACGAACCACUUCCUCACCAACAACACCCUCAGCCACCACAGCCUCUCCAACUACAGCUUCAACAACAAUUUCCUCAGCAACAACAGCCUCACCAACAACAGACUCUCAAACUACAGCUUCAACAACCAAUUCAUCACCAACCACAGUCUCGCCAACCACAGCCUCUCUAACAACUGCAUCAACAACCACUUCAUCACCAACCACAGCCUCGCCAAACACAUUUUCGCCAACCACCGGCUCAUCCACAACAGCGUCGCCAACCACAUCCUCACCAACCACUUCCUCACCAACAACACUCUCAGCAGCCACAGCCUCUCCAACUACAGCUUCAACAACAAUUUCCUCACCAACAACAGACUCUUCAACUACAGCUUCAACAACCACUUCAUUACCAACUACCGCCUCACCAACUACACCUUCGCCAUUGACAGCCUCA